AUGCCACCAUACAAGGCCGUGAUUUUCGACAUGGGUGAUGUCCUCUUUCGCUGGAACCCAAAGGCUGAUACUCAAGUAUCCGUUCAAAUGCUCCGGUCAAUAACAAAGUGCGAUCUAUGGAAUGAAUUCGAGCGCGGAAAUAUCGACACCAAAGAAUGCUAUCAGCAACUGGGAGAAAUGUUCUCAAUAUGUCCAUCGGAAAUUGCCGCGACCUUUUCGCAGACAACAGGCUCCUUGACACCGAACGAUGAGAUGACUGUCCUUUUGCAAGAUCUUAAACGCCAAACAAACAUAUCCAUCUACAUGAUGACCAACAUUCCGAGACCGGACUUCUAUCAACUCCGAGCAACUGAGUACGUGUGGGAUUGCUUUGAUGGGAUUUUUGCCUCGGGGUUCGAGGGAAUGCGGAAACCAGAUCUAUGUUUUUAUCAACAUGUACUGGAAAAAAUUGGCAUUUUGGCUGUGGAAGCAAUUUUUGUCGAUGACAAGGGUGAGAAUGUUUCAGCUGCACGGGAGCUUGGCAUGGAGGCGAUCCAAUGCGUGAAUGUUGGGGAGACCUGCAACAAUCUGCGAGCGAUGAUCCAUGCCAAGAUGGCCUCUCCACUCUAG